AUGAGCUUCCAUGCAGGAGCCUCUGGUGUAAAUGGCUCAAGCCAAGUUGGGGGACGUGGAAGUGAGGAUGCCGGUGAAGGAAACAGCAACAAUGAGACUUAUAUCCCGUGCUUAAAGGCAGUGAGACCUAGGCUGAGGAGCGCUGAUCCAGCGGGAGAGGGGAGGUCGAGCAGUGUGGAGCAGCUGGUGAGACCUGCCCUGCCAGGGAGGAAAGCACACAGGAAGACCUGCAGCAGGGACAACAGAGCAAGAUGGAGAGAGGGAGACAGAGAGGAGGAGAGACAAAAUGUUGAACACGCAGGAAGCAAGGAGAGAGGUAAACAAAGGCAGAGGAAGACAGAAAGAACGGAGACGUUUGGAGAUGGAGGCCAGGGAAGAGGAAGUACUGAGAGUUUGUCCAGCAGUAAUUCUGACAUCCCGUUAAAUAGCAACUUGGAAGUUGGAGAAGGGUCAAACAACUCACAGAGAGGAUACACAUGUCCCAGACCUCCCAGUACUGGCUGCACCCGGACCAGCACCGCCAAUUUAAACCCCCAGUCUCCUCGGCCAGCAUUGAGGUCCACGUCUUCUGCUCUCCCUCAGCCUCCCAUCCAAACCAGGUCCACACCUCUGUCCCCUGAAAGACUUUCAUCCAGGACAGCUACAGGAGACCCACACCAUUACCCAUUUAGUUCAUCCAGAGAGCUAGAUCCAUUCUGGGCGGAGGUGAAGACGGGGGCAGCAACUGGACGAUUGUCUCAAAGCCGUCAGCGUCACAUCCCACCUCUCACCAGCUCAGAGCUGGGAGAAGAAGAAGAGGAGGAAGAGGAAGAAGAAGAGGGGGACGGCGUGGAAGAUAGCGGGGAAGGAGGCAGUGGUGUGAUGGAGGUGAUGGGUCAAAGCAUGACCUCGGCAGUGGUGCCACCUUGUGUUCCUUUUGGGGAGAGGAGGAUGAGCAAAAGGGAGAAGAACAGGAUUAAGUGUCUGAGGAGGAGGCAGAGAAGGAGGGAGAGGUGGAGACAGAGUCAACUGCAGGAGAGCAGACAGAGCUCAACAGGGAACCCAUCCAGCAGCAGCAGCGAGGAUGACGAGGACAUGAGCGCCGGUGACAGAGAAGGUUACAUCUGCGCCGUGUGCUUGGACGUGUACUUCAGCCCUUACAUGUGUCACCCCUGCAACCACAUCUUCUGUGAACCCUGUCUGAGGACGCUGGCGAAGAACAGCCCCACCAACACCCCCUGCCCCCUCUGCAGAACAAUCAUCACACACGUCUUCUUCCAGAAGGAGCUAAAUCAAACAGCGAGGACAUUCUUCCCAAAGGAAUACCUCUCCCGGAAACAGAACUUCCAGAAAGCAAGUUGUGCAAAGUGGCCUCUACCAAGCUGCAGAAAACUCUUCCGUAUCUUUGGAGGCUUCCAGAGGCAGUCCAGUCCCAUAGUCAGACGCCAGUUCCCCCAUGGAGGAGGCUACCGUCUGGACGCUCUGGACUUUGAGGAUGACUCUCGAGGCUGGCACUUUGACAUGGACAUGGUCAUCAUCUACAUCUACUCAGUCAACUGGGUUAUAGGCUUCUUCAUAUUCUGCUUCCUCUGCUACCUCUUCUUCCCUUCUUUUUGACAGACCUGGCAACAAUGUUGGAGCAACAAAGAGAGAGGAAAGGUUGGAGGUACUAAAGGAUGAGGAUAGAAUAAGGAAUUAAAGAUGAAGCAGCGGGCAGGCAGGUACAUAUAUGUUUAUAUAGGGAGAAACUGAGCUGUAGGGUUUAAUGAGAAGACACUGGGUGAAUUUCAAGCAGGUGGGACGGCGCAGCAGAGGGAAAACAACAGUGUGCCAGCUUGUUGUCUCUCAUUAAUAAAUGAUUGAAAUGGGGAAACUGUG